CCAAGCGAAUCGAUCCUCUUUUAUUGCUUUUUAGCCUCUUCUUCCUCGCUCUCUCUCUCUCUCUCUCUCUCUCUCUGCGUUUCAUUGCUUUAUUCCCUCAACUCCUCCAACCUAAAGAUCCGAGGAGUUUGGGAAAGAAACCCUAAUCCUUAAAACCCCUUUUAAUCAAACAAUCUCUCUUUCUCCUCUCGUUAUCGCUUUCACUUCAAGUCAUGGCUGCUUUGACACCAGAGGGAUCGCAAUUUGAUGCUCGUCAAUAUGAUGCUAAAAUGAGUGAAUUAUUGGGUACUGAUGGGCAAGAGUUCUUCACGUCAUAUGAUGAAGUUUUUGAGAGUUUUGAUGCUAUGGGGUUGCAAGAGAACCUCCUAAGAGGAAUCUAUGCUUAUGGUUUUGAGAAGCCCUCUGCAAUUCAGCAAAGGGGGAUUGUUCCUUUCUGCAAGGGACUUGAUGUGAUUCAACAAGCACAGUCUGGAACUGGAAAAACUGCUACUUUUUGCUCUGGAAUUUUGCAGCAGCUUGACUAUGGCUUGGUUGAAUGCCAAGCAUUAGUUCUUGCUCCCACUAGAGAGCUUGCUCAACAGAUUGAGAAGGUCAUGCGGGCCCUCGGUGACUAUUUGGGUGUCAAGGUUCAUGCCUGUGUUGGUGGAACUAGUGUCCGUGAGGAUCAACGAAUUCUUUCUGCUGGGGUCCAUGUUGUUGUUGGUACCCCAGGUCGUGUGUUUGACAUGCUGCGGAGGCAAUCACUUCGCCCUGAUUACAUUAAGAUGUUUGUGUUAGAUGAAGCAGAUGAAAUGCUUUCACGAGGGUUCAAGGAUCAGAUCUAUGAUAUCUUCCAGCUGCUGCCACCAAAAAUUCAGGUUGGGGUUUUCUCUGCCACAAUGCCACCUGAGGCCCUUGAGAUCACGAGGAAGUUCAUGAAUAAACCUGUGAGGAUUCUUGUUAAACGUGAUGAGCUAACCCUUGAGGGUAUCAAGCAAUUCCAUGUCAAUGUUGAAAAGGAGGAAUGGAAGCUCGAGACUCUCUGUGAUCUUUAUGAAACCUUGGCAAUCACACAAAGUGUCAUUUUUGUGAACACCAGGCGCAAGGUUGAUUGGCUGACAGACAAGAUGCGCAGCCGUGAUCAUACAGUGUCUGCCACCCACGGAGACAUGGACCAAAACACAAGGGACAUCAUCAUGCGGGAAUUCCGGUCUGGGUCUUCUCGUGUUCUCAUCACUACUGAUCUCUUGGCCAGGGGUAUUGAUGUCCAGCAAGUCUCUCUUGUGAUAAAUUAUGAUCUUCCAACUCAGCCAGAGAACUACCUCCAUCGAAUUGGUCGUAGUGGAAGGUUUGGGAGGAAGGGUGUUGCCAUCAAUUUUGUGACCAAGGAUGAUGAGAGGAUGCUCUUUGACAUCCAAAAGUUCUACAAUGUGGUGAUUGAGGAGCUGCCAGCAAAUGUUGCUGAUCUCCUUUGAUGUGCUUUUAGCUGGCAUGUUCGAAGGAUUCUAAUCUGGAAGCGAUAAUUAUUACUUUAUUUCUAGUAGGUCUAGGGCUUUUGAUAAGCAUGGAUUGAACUUUCCUAAAAAUGGGGGGUUUUGGGUUCUCUGCAUUUGAGAUGGGAGGCCAUUCCCAAUUUGGGCAAAGUAUCCAUUUUUGCAAAUUUUGUCGUGAGUUUGCUUUGUACUUCUGAUGUCUUAUUAAAGUAAAAGAUUUGCAGAAUCGAUUGUAGCUUGGGUUGGUCUCAUUUGAUCUAAGCUUGGUUUUACGUGUAUGUGUGAGAAGGGAUGUUAUGUAGAGUUGAAACAUGAUUUGAUUAUGUUGGGAUGUUAUGUAGAGCUGAACUUGCUCGAGUGCUUCUCUUUGAGCUGUUAACUUGC